AAAAAUAACACUUUCGUGGAGAGAGAGAGAGAGAGGAUAAUAACACAGUUGUAGAGAGAGAGAGGGAUGAAGGGAGAUUGGCCACUGUCACUGCGUCACUGAUCCGAACCUCCUCCUGGUUCGGGGAGACUCCCUCCCCCUGCUGUUUUAGAGUGAGGGUGAGAGAGAAGGUGGACAUGGUGGAGAGCUAUGUGGUGGUCCACAACGUGGCCAAGCGCCACAAUAUUGGGACCAUGGCGCGUAGCGCCACUGCCUUUGGUGUUGCAGAGUUCAUACUCGUUGGAAGAAGAGACUUCAACUCAUUUGGGAGCCAUGGAUCCACUCCUUACCUCCAUUUUCGCCAAUUCCAUUCUCUCUCUGAAACUCGCCUUUACCUCAAGGAAAAGGAUUGUGAUAUUUGUGGUGUGGAGAUUGUUGAUGGAGCUAUCCCUGUGAAUCAUCAACCUUUUAAGAAGAGUACUGCAUUUUUACUCGGUAAUGAGGGAACUGGCCUCUCCAAGGAGUGUGAAAUAUGUGAUUUCUUCGUUUAUAUUCCUCAGUAUGGAUGUGGCACUGCUUCUUUGAAUGUCACUGUAGCAGCUUCCAUUGUUCUACAUCAGUUUGGAGUUUGGGCUGGCUUUCCGGAGAGAGGGCGUGAUGGGCAAAAGUUUACUGUAGCUGAGAAACCCAUGAAGCUAGAAAGAAGAAAUUACUGUGCAGAAAAUGCAGAAGAUAAAAUGGAAGAGCGUAAAUUCAAACGCGAAAAUGCAUCCCACCAUUGGUUUGAUGAGCAAAAUGCGAAUCACUCUUCCGUUGAUUCCCAGUCAAGCACGUUGGCCUUGCUAUUUGAGGGUUAGCUGUAGAUGUAGAAACAUCUACUUUUUGUCUUUAUGAGAGAGAUUGAAAUGAGGCUGAUGUUGAAUUGUAGUGAUUGAAGAAUUUUACUAACAGUACCUUGCCACUGGUUUUGGAAAUGGAUAGAUGUGGCAGGUUCUUGUUAAGGAUCGACAAGAUUCUCUCUCU